AUGCCUAGCUCGCACCCUUUCUCGAGUUCGCAUCGACCGCAAGGCUCAGGUCCACCUGCACCAGAAUGGCGAGUGCCGGCUCCUCCGCAAAGGCCCUCGAGCGUUGCCAGCCCACCUCCUCCGCCUCCUCCGUCAUACAAUACAAAUAGCGCCCAUCCGCCUAGCUAUGGACCUCCUACUGGAAACACGGGCACAAAUUUACCCCCUCCGACGAGUUAUGCGGGGCUCAACACGGCCACUUGGGGAGUCAAUUACAACAGGCAGCAAUAUCCCAUCUAUGCGCCUCCUCCGCUACCCCCUCGCCCUGCUAGCACAACUGGCCAACCCUCGCCCGCCCCGCCUCCGGUAGUGAGCACCCCGGAUCCCCACCAGCCUUCAAUUGGUUCGCCGAGCUACGGAGGCCAGGCACCGGGAGGCGAGCAUUACCAGCCGUGGGCGACGAGCCCUCCCUAUGUAUCGCAAACUCCUGUCAGCUCCAUACCUCCUCAACCCCCGGCCCCGCCGCCUCCGCCUCCGCCGGCCGCUCCGCAAGUCUUUGAUGUGCCAUCCUACCAGCAUCACGCACCCCCUCCUCCGCCGACACCACCCCAGAUUCAACAAGGAUGGCAUCAAUCACCCCCACCGUCGUACCCCAACAUUCCAGAGAGCCAGUACCACCCUCCACAUGCUGUAUCUAAUCGACCGAGCCCUCCUCCGGUUCAUGCGCCCACGAUUCAGCAUGUGCACAGCUUCUCGCAACAAAUGAAUACUCCGCCAAUCAUCUCAGCACCUGCAGAGGCGCCUCUGGGGAGACCCAUAUCUCAAUCUCCGACCCCUGCGCUGUAUCCGACGAAUGGACCGCCUCUGCCUCCGAAAGCUAGCCCUUUGAUUAUCCCAACGGGUGCUUCUGCUCUGGGCUCUGGUGGGCCGUCUGACUGGGAACACUUUUCGCCCAUCGCCGGGGAGGUUGAUGAUGUAUCUGCUUUCAGACCGAGAAGGGACCCUCCUCCGAAUGUCGUACAUGAGCUACCUCCGAGUCAACAGGUGAGCAAUCCAGUCGGGGUACUGAGCAGCCAUUCCCCAUCACCUCCACCGCCACCACCGCCACCACCGCCAAAUGCAAACUUUACGAACUAUGCAAUCAACGCGGAAACAACGCAGUAUAACCAGGUGCAGUCUCAUCCAGCCCAGUCUCCUAUCAGCCCUGGUACUCGUCAGGAUUUCCAGCCGCCUCAGCCGACUAGGGUCGACACUACGGGAUCGGAAUAUAGCACUGUAUCUACUGUUGCGAAUGCGGAAAGCAUUGACGGACUUAUUGAAGCAUGGAAUAAGCCGCUCUUGGCGGAGAACAAGACCCCCACGGUGCAGCCAUCUACAGUCCAAGAGAGCCCCAAAUUUGAUCCAGCACCAGUAUCUCCCCCGCGAAGUCCAAGCCCUGUGGAGACUCUCCCAGCAAAACUACCCGAGCCCGUGGCACCUGUGAAGGAAACCCCAAUAGAGCAGGAGGUUAGCUCCAAGGAGCGUAUUAGCGAACCUGUACGGAAACCUGAAAGCCCUCAUCCGCAGUUUAAACCACUCGACCGCUACGAGGAUCUUGAUUCGUGGUCGCAGUCUUCUUUGGAACGCUAUGUAGCAAUGCUACGAAAAGAAGCGGUUGCAGAUUCGGACGAGGAGCGGUUCAAACUCUUCACAACGUUCAUGGCUAAGGAAACAAAGCUUCGAGAGAUCCUAUAUAGCAUUGAGCAUGCUCCCAAAGUUGAAGCUUCUGCCCCGCAGCAACCGGCGACUCCCCAACCGGAGACCCCAGAAAAGGAGCCCGAGGGGAAACCCUCUCCCCCGGACAACUCCGGGUUGAUACCCGUGGAGACAGAGGAGGAUUACUUUACACCUUCGCAAGUCACAGAAGAAGUAGAUGGUAGCUACAGCCCUGGAGGACGCCCGAUACUUCCUCGACUCCAUACUCCUGCGCCUCCAUCGUUGCAAAGAUCAGCAUCGAACCCUGGUGGUCACAAGUAUACUGCUAAUCAUGCUAUUGCUGCUCACGCCCUGCGCUCCACUUCAGUGCCGCCUAUGGUCAACGAUGUGGCACCGCAAUCAGUCCUAACUCCCCUUACGACGAAUCCUCCGCAGCGAAUCUACACGCCGUUCCGCUACACCGAGGGCCCUCAGAGAGGUUCAGAUAAGCUCAAAUUCGAUCGCCCAGCAUACCAAGCGUAUUCCGCUUUGCGACAGGCAUCUGCAGAAAGUGGGCGUGUGAUGGCAGAUGCUCCAACUGAAGCCCAGCGGAAGAGAUCCAGCUCUGUGAUCUCGGUGCAGAACGAUCCGGACGAGACAUUCGUUGGUUUGAUCAGAGAAAAGAGUGUCGUCUACCGGAAAAAGCCGCCACAAACGUCAACGCCGCCACCGUUGCCGGCUUUGCUUCGGCAAGGGAAGCCCCCUGGCCCGAUCGAAGACUUGCGUACCGUUGUUUCAGCUCCUGGUAACAAACAGUCGGACAGUUUGUGGCAUUCGACGGUUCGGAAAGACUUGGAAAAAUUCCCAAACGAUUUCAACUAUGUCCGAGAAAUAUUCAAGCCGUGGGAAGCUACCAACAAGGCCCGCAGGGAGAACCUUGACAAGGAGCGCAUCAAGCGCCAGGAGGAAUCGGAGAAUCAUAUCGAUACCCUGUUCAACGGCAAGGAGAUUGGGUAUGCUGACAUCAACAUACUGGAGGAAGAGUUCCGGCAGUCGGAAGCACGCACACAGCUCGAGGAAGAACGAGGAGAACUCGAGGAUUUUAUAGCCAAUGUCUUUACCCCGGUCGACAAGCGACUGGAGGAGGAGAUUUCGACACUCAAGGUUCACUAUGAUUCCGCACUUGGCCAGCUUGACCGCGAGAACAGGAACAAGGAAGAGGGCAAUGAUAAGCACAGCAUGUCGCAUACAAUGAAGAUUGUAAACGACAUUCACCACAGACUGGAAAUGAGACACCAUAAGCGACUGGAAAUUGCGCUAGACCGUGAGCGUAGAAGAAAAAAGGCUGAGAGGCGGCCUCUCGUUUUCAUGGGUGAUUCUGCGGCAUUGAAGAAACUCGACAGUGAGUUUGAUCAGAUGGAGAAACAGAAUAUUCUCGAAGCCGCUCGAGCCCGUGAUGAGCGAGCCAAUAAGCUCAUGGAUUUGUUCGAUGAUGCCAUCAUGCGCGGACUUGGAGAAAACCAGACUAUUCUCGAUGAGCUCUCAGCCAAGGUGACACGCGCCGAUGAGGCCGCUAUUCGGUCCUCCGGCCUCCCAGACGCAGAGAUUGAGCAGGUGUUGAAAUCCGUGUACAGCUUAGUCGAGUCCCUUCGCAAGGACUCUGAAUCCAUCCUACACAGUUUCGGUCUGGCCGACUCGGCACUCAACAAUGCAGACUAUAGCGUCUCCGUCGCAGAGGCGCGGUACUCCAACUCGGAGCCGGACGUGUUUCGCCAGCUCGAGGCAGAAAAGAAGAAAGAGGACGCCAAAAUCCAAGACAACCUCCGGGCCAAGCUGCAAAGCGUUCGUGUUGGACCUGCGAAGAUCACCAACAGUAUCAAUGAUGCGCUCAGGGCGCUGGGCAAGACGCCUUUCCCUGAACAGCCAGUUCCCAAAGAUGUUAUCCCCGCUAGCCACUUGUAUGACGUUUCGCUGCCCAAUCCCGCCAGACCUGCCAGUACGGUAAGCGUGGCGGCGAGGAAGGUGGAUGGUGGUGACCCGGAGCAUCGGGAGCGGCUGCGCAAGGCCCUGGAAGACGCAAAGAAGCGCAAUGCGGUGCGGCAGCACUCGUCUUCUGUCUCGAAGGAAUAA